CUGUCAUCAUUACAAAUUGCUGCAUGCAUUGGAAAAGUUCAAUAAUAAAUUUCAAUUUUACUCAUACGGAUCGCUAAACAGGUUUAAAGCUUGUACGUUUUCGGCGGAUAGCGAUAGUAUCGCAAAUAAAAUAAUAGAUAAUUUGUUACCCGUUGCACGGUAAGAAUGGAUGUACUUUCGAGACCGGCGGAGGAAUUCGGCAAUGAUAGCACUGUGGAGGAGCUGUGGGCUAUGAAAGCCGUCGAACAUGCUGAAAUUUACUUUAACCUCCUGUGCAGUGUUGAUCCCCGACAGCUUCACUUGACACCAUAUGACAACGAAAUUUACGAAGAGUUCCGCAAACAGUUCCCAGACAUGAAUGUGGCAGUGGUGAACGAAAAUGAGCUGAAGAGUGCGGAAGGCAAGACAAAGUGGAGAAUGUAUAUGGACAAAUUCAACCGACUGGAAGAUUACAGCUAUGGCACACUGUUGAGGGCUGAUGCUAGAGAAGAAUUUCAACCGGGUAAUGCUAUCUUAGUUGUAAGGAUCCAGUUCUGGGCGAUAGAAAUCGCGAGAAAUAGAGAAGGGCACAACGAUGGGAUACGGCAGAACUUUCGCGGACUAAGCAAAAAAGAGGAAUAAAAUUAAACUUUUUUUUACAAA